ACAGUAACAAUCUUUCAAACAGUAACAAUAUUUCAAAAAGUGACAAUCUUUCAAUCAGUGACAAUCUUUCAAUCAGUAACAAUCUUUCAAUCAGUGACAGUCUUCCAAACAGUGACAAUUAUUCAAACAGUAACAAUCUUCCAUAUAGUGACAAUUAUUCAAACCGUGACAAUUUCUUAAACAGUUAUUCAAAGAGACAAAGUAGCAGUAAUAAUACUCAAUAUUACACAUGGGAUAAUAAAACUGUCAAUUUGACUAUUAUCCCAAACGCUGCAUAUAAAAAAAUAUUUUAUGGAAUAGAUUAUGGUCCUGUAAAUGCUAUUUAUCCUUUAUGCGUAAACACUUUGGGUGAUUUUAUCGAAGAUGUGAAAAUAAUUUCUCAAUUAACUAACAGAGUACGGGUUUAUGGAAUGGAUUGUAAUAUCGCUGAUUAUACUAUGGAAGCAAUCCUUUUAUUAAAUUUGAAUAUGACUCUUGUUCCCACUAUUUGGAUUGAUAAUAAUGAUACUACUUAUCAAAGACAAUUUGAUCUUUUAUUUAAUUUCAUCGGAAAAUAUGGUGUAGAUAAAAUUGAUGGUAUUUCAGUUGGUAAUGAAGAUGCAGUGUGGGUUAAUAUUCAUCCAUAUUGGUAUGGAGUUAAUAUAACCGAUGCUGCAUCAUGGACAUUUAAUACCUAUAAUGAAUCUGUCGUCAAACUUGCUGAAAGUGCUAGCAAAGACUCUUUUAUAUCUGAAGUUGGUUGGCCGACUGACGGCGAUAUACAUGGUUCUGCUGCUCCUAGUGUCCAAAAUUUACAAAUAUUUUUAGAUACUUUUGUUUGUUCAGCUAAUUCAAAAGGUAUUAAAUAUUACUAUUUUGAAACUUUUGAUGUUCCUUGGAAGGCUGCAUUACUUGGUCCAGAACAGAGUGAUGAAUAUCACAUAUACCAGGAACGGAGUGAUGAAUAUCAUGGAUACCAGGAACGGAGUGAUGAAUAUCAUGGAUACUAG